UUUGCAUCAGCUGAUAAAUACGCCAGCCUAUUGUGACUGUCAAAGGGCAUUCCUUGAGUCAGGCUCUUUGACGCAGCCCAAGGCAGCUCCUGGGAAGUGCCAUGGAGGGAGACAGUAGUGAAGUCUUGGAAGGGUUUUUGUGCCCUAUCUGCUUGGAGGACCUGACAUCCAUCACCCAACUCCAGGCACAUUUUGAGGAACAACAUGCCUCUGAGGAUAAGGAUGUGGUGCAGUCUCUUAAAGGAUUCCUGAGUAAAGCAAAGAAAAAAUUACUUAAUGAAGAUGAGCCAGAUAAUGUUACGCAAAGGGAGUUUGACGGCAGUGGAUUAGAAUACGAGCCUAAUAAUCCUUGGAACUGGGACCCACCCCCUUUAGGACCUUCAAGAUGCCACACUUCCUUGUUCAAGAAGAUUCGGAGUGCGAGAAUAGAUUCCUUCGUUGCAGAGACCAACAAGUUAUUGAUUAGAUUAGAUAAAUUACUUAGAGACAUUCCAAAUGACCCUGUUAAACGGAAAGCCCAUGAACGAAGUAUAGUGAUGUGGGCCGAAGACAAGGAUGUUCCACUAUGCCCCUUUUGUGCCAGGACUUUUAAUUUAGCACGACGUCGUCAUCACUGCAGACUGUGUGGAGGCAUUAUGUGUGAUGAAUGCUCAGAAUUCUUGACAUUUGAUUAUGCAAAAAAACUUGUUAGUCCAGUUCACCAGGGGAAUGUGAAUCAAAUGACCACGGUAGCCACCAGCAGCAGCAGCGGUAGCGGUAGCAGUGGUGGGCCUCUCAUGUCCUCUUUCCUUGCCGGCAUUUCUGGUCUGCGUCGCUCCGGUUCACAAGGAUCCCUCAAUUCCCUCCUGUCGGUGAUGGACUCGAUGACUAGUGAGCAGCACUUCCGCAUCUGCCGUCACUGUAUGAUGAGACUACAAGCACGGGACAACCAAGUAGAACAACGGACGUCAAAGCCAACUUUAUCCCUCUACUAUGAAAAACUUAUGGAAUAUCGAUCACUGUUGGAGAGACUCCUACCCCAGUAUAAUCAGAUGGCAGAAUCAUUAAAUGCGGGAGAGACCACAUACAAUCUGCAAGAUGCUGAGGAGCUGAGAAUGAAGAUCCUUAAGACUGGUGACAAUUUGAACUCCAUGACCCAGAAGAUCCGCAACCUUGGCAUCGGGAACCAAGAUGUUCCUGACGGGGCCGCUAGCAGUACGCCUCUGGGAUCACGGCAGGAGCUCCUACAAAAAAGGAUAUUUUCAACAUCAUCCGGGUUCCUUAAAGACCAUAUUCUAAGCCUUCCCAAAUUACCCACCUUCCAGGAGCUGAAGGAAACUCAGGAGAGGAGAAGAUUGGAAGCAGAGGCAAGGUUGGCAGCUGAAAAGGAAGCAAUGCGGCAGGCAGAGGAGAGAGCGAGUGAGAUCCUGCGACGUAGGGACAAAGAGAGCAAAGACACCCCAAGAACAACCCCAAAUCGGUCCAGCAGUAGUAACACCCCAAGCAGAUCAAGUAGCAGUACCCCAGUGUCCUUCUCCACUAGUAGAAAAAAGCAGUCAGAUGAAGUUGUUGUUGAUACAGGCUGGGGCCCAAAUCUCUCUCCUCCCUGCGUGACAGAGACUGAUGAUCCAAUGAUUCAGCAGAUGAACAAUCUUAGGAAUUAUAUAAGACAGGCAAGGGAAGCAAAUCGGUAUGACGCGGUAGCUACAUUAGAGGCCAACCUGAAGGAGCUCCAGGGAGAAUAUAAAAAGCAGCAGCGUUUGAUGAAUCCAUAGAAAUGGCAGCCCUAGGCAUCUCUUUUAAUUAUACUGGUGCAAAAAAAAAGAAAAAGAAAAAGGAAAAAAAGGAAUGUAAAUAGCAGAGAGGGAAGGAAAAAUUAGGAAAGAAAGGAAUGGACGUGUAAACAAAGAGUGAUUUUGUAAACUAUGGUACAAUAUAUGGAUAAUAGA